AGUUAAUUAACAAGGAGAACUGCUUUGCUCCACGGAGGCUGGCUCUGUAAAUCAGCCCCUCAGAAAUGAGAUGACCAGAAGGCAAGAUCCUGGCACUGGUGCUUCCGGGACCCACUGGGGAGCAAAUCGUACAAACAACUGCUGUGCCCACACUGCGUGCCUCUGUUCUGAAGAGGAUGUCCUCAAUGCUCCUAUUGAUUUCUGUCUCUGACAGAGCUGGCUGAAGCAUGUGGGAUUUUCUGGCUUUGAGAGCUAUUUACGAAAAGUACAUAUUGAUUGGAUCCUUUGGGGACAGGUUGGUGGGAUGCGUUCGUCACCAUUAGCUUCCUCACUGUAACCAAGCUUCGAUGAAUUAAUGGCCUUCUCUGAAAAACAUCUUUAGAAUAAGGUGCUUGGAGAACUUGCUGCCAGCAAUUCUGGUAACAGUCUUUGGAACUAAUGAGCCUUUCUGGAAAAUUAAAAAUACUGACUGGCAAGGUAGAGAUUUUUAUUCCAAACUUAUUAGAAGUGAAACUGCUCAACUCUUCCAGCAGUUGCCCUCUUAAGUGCUACAGUAUCUACUGGAAUAUGUGGUUACUGUUGUGUCAAACCUGCAUUUGUGGGCACCGUGGCACUUCCAGUUAUUUCCUAUCAGUGGGAGAACUUCCAAGGCAGCAGCCAUUAGUAGAAGGCUCUGCAGACUGAGCAGUGCCAUCACUUGUGCUGAGCUGAGUGCCAUGGCUUUGACUGCACUCUGGGUAAAGUCUGAUCAAAGGGACCUGGAGCAAAAAGAAAGGGGAAUACGGAAUGCUUGUGGUAUAUGCUGCAAAUCAGUGCACACUGUGCUUUUAGUUUGGCCCUAGGAGAUGUGCUGUGUUGUGUGCACAGUCGUUGGAGCUAAGCAAUGAACACCUGGAGCAGUGCUCACUCCAGUUCAUCAGCUCUCCUCUAGUCCAGUGCUGUGUUUAUGAAAGGAUAAGAAAAUAAAGAAGGUGGAGGUGUGGCACUGCCCCAUCCCAGUGUAUGUCAGUGUGAGCCUCAGUGGUUAGGUGAGACCACUGAGGAUCAUCCAGUAUUGUAGCAGACCCUGCUGUGACCUGAGUGACCCUGAUAACCUCAGUGACUUUGUCAUCCUCCCACAGCACCUCAUUAAUUCCUGCAGGGGAGAGCUGCAGGAUGGGGCUAUGUCAGUUGCAAAAUUAUUUUCCCUCAUCGUCACCCAAAGCAUGUUAUCAUGUACUUCUCAUAGCCUGCAGAGCCCUAUCUGUGUAUCAUAAUCAAAUAAGCUGUGCAGGUCCGUGGACCUGAGCACAGGGCUGCACCAAAGGGCUCCACCAAGCCUUCUCACACCAGCAGCUUCCAUAACCCAGGUGAGUGGGGCAGAGCUGCUGGCUGUACGUGGGUGAUGCAGGGACCCAUCCUGCAGGAAUAAGAAAUAUUAAACAGGAGGAUUAAGGCUUUUUGAAGACAGAAUAGGUUUUGCUUUCAUAAUAUUUUUCUUUUCAGCCUCCACAUGAGUUGGCACAGCUUAGUGUGCUACAAAGCACUCUUUAUUUUCCUUUGCUCAGAACAUCUCUAAUUAAUUCUUGGCAGGACUAUCUAACUCUGUGCAUAGAUAGGAAGAAACUCCAGCAAGGCUGGGUCCUCCUGCAAGGCCACUCACUUGGUUCUUUCCAUUCCAGGCCUUUGAGUGAGCAGGCAGCCUUUCCUUGCAUGAUCUUCAUACAGCAGACAAGUGGCUGUGGUAAAGCAAAGGCACCAAAAGUCAGGUGCCACAGAUGCAGUAGGGAAAUGCAGAAAUAAGCAGCCUCUAGAAUCGCAAUGGAUAAAUGAUUUUUGUACACCCAGACUAAAGGCAGCUGAAAGCUGAUGGGGAGCAGAGGAGCUUGUUUUACCUGACUCUCUGAAGGCUGCAAUACACUCACUGCCAGCAGGGACCUGCUUUUUUGUUUUAGGCAAACUAAUUGUCUCCAGUGGGCACUUGGUGCAUAUUGCAUUUUAAGUUCUGGGUUUUAAGGAUUCAGAGAAGGCCAGAGAAGGCGUUUAGUGUUUAAUGUUCUUGUGAAGAAGGAAUUCAGUAACCUCUUCACAAUUUGCACAAGUAACAUUUCUAAAAUUUUGCUUUUCUGAAGAGAGGGAAAGAAAUUCAGAUGGUCAGGAAAAGUAGUAAUAAUCUGAGCCUGAUCUUGGAUUUUCUGCAUUUGUUUUCAAAAUAUCAAAGUGUCAUUGCUAAAGUAGAUUCAAAGAUCUUUGUUUGUGCACAGUGUUGAAAUAUAAUGCAAAUGUGAGCAAUUAAAAUGACUAUGUGAAGGUGACAAAAUCAGAUUGGUGUACUAACUCGGUGACGUUUCUCUACUUUCCCCCCACCCUUCCUUACACAGUGCUGCUAUUUUACAGCACUAGAAAUCCUUUUGGAUUUUUGUGGCUGACUCAGAGCUCCAGACCUUUGCUAUUGAAAGAAGAAGAAAAGGGGAGGGGAAGAGAGGUAAUUUCUAGAGUGAACGUAAAUCAACCACAAUUUAAAGCAUUUCUGAAAACUUCAUUUUGUGUCAGUACAGAGAAGACUUUUGGGUUUAUGCCGCCUAAAAAUAAAUACCAGUUAAUACUUCAGCAGUUUUUUUUUAAUACUCUUGUGAUGCAGUUCAGAAAACGUAAUGCAAUAUAAUUGGAUCUUGUGACUAACGUAAUAAUUAGCCUUUAUUUUGGAACAGAUUUUUCUAAUAAAAGAUGAAAUGAUAUACUUUGCAUAAUUCCUCAUCUCUUUUAAUGAUCUCCAGCUGUACAGAUUAUUUUUCAGAAACAAGCAGUUGCUUGCCGGAAAGAUGAAAUGUAUUGGCUUCCUUUUCUUUUGGAUGCUGAUGAACAUAAUAACAGAUGCCCGAUCAAUCCUGGAAGGAGAUGAUCGAGAACCUGUGGCCAUGCCAUACUGGCCCUUCUCCUCCAGUGACUUCUGGUCCUACAUGGAGUACUUCAGGACACUGGGAGCCUACAACAGGAUUGCUGAGCUGGCCAGGGCCUUGUUUGCACAGCUGCCCACAGGCAGCCGCCUCGGCCUCCACCUGCCUGCACAUGAGGACUGAGCACUGCCCGCCAUCGUGCUGGGACAUCACACCAACACACAGCUGCUGGAGCAGCCCCUUCAGUAGCUUGCGGCCAUGUGUAUGGGCCUCUGUAGUGUUACAUGCUUUAGAAAGCCGCAGGUAAAUUAGCCUUUUCUUUUUGCAAGCUGUGCUUUUGUGCAAAAUCAAUAAACUCCUUGAUCAUAUGGUGAGGUUUGGGUUGACCGUUAUGUUAUCGUGCUGCUGGGCUUGUCUCAGGAC